UCAAGCUCAAUUCUAUGGGAACCUCGAGGAACGCAGAACAAUGUGUAGAAUUUUGUGAUUUUUGCAGUUUUAAUGUCAAAUUCAAGUUUGUAUACGACGACACAAAUAUAGCGUUGUAACAUAAUCAUUCCAAUAAAUGAUUCUUGUACUGGAGGAUCGUUUUAAUAAUGUCGAAGCCUGCACUGUUAUCACUUCAGCAAGUAUUGAAAAAGUGUUUUCAAAGCUUGCAGAACAAUCAGAAAAUAUUGAACUCCGUGCUGAAUGAAUGCACUCCUUUGAUGGUUUCACUCGGUAACUUAACAGAACAACUGCGGGCUCUCCAAAAUAUCAACAUCGCCAACACAACUCUUCACAACUUCCCUGACCUGCAAGAGCGUCUGCAUUAUAAACUCGUACAGGCAGUGGAUAUCGUUUUGGGGAAACUGUCUGAGAAAAUGUCUCUGCUCCAGUCUGUGAGAGAUUCUUUCAGUAACCAGGUAUCUGGUGCUUUCCAGUUGUACGAGCAGAACUCAGACAGUCUGGACAUAGCUACCUGCUGCCAGAGAUCGGCUACAGCUCCAUCCAUCUGUGAUAUGCUGGAGUGGCUUCAGGAUGCCGAACGCUACUAUCGCCAGCAAUUCCUGAGGAGGAAGGUUCUGUUACAGACGCUUAAACCAAAUCAAUUCGCUCUUCUGGAAACUGCUGCUAAGAGAUGGGAGUCUUUUGACUCACCCCGUGGACAAGACAACAUAUCAGAUACAUUGUUUAAAGUAUCCUUCUUUGUUGAAGCCCAAUGAGAAGAGGACUUGAGUGGAAAUUAACUAUAUUGGACAAUUGGGAAUACAGUUUAUGGGAUGGCCAACUGGUCUACAGCAAAUGGACAGUGUGUACAUCUAUUGGACUCAAUGAGCAAAGAACAAAAUGAAACAACAAAUUAAGAUUUUUCAGGACAAAAUCAUGACAACGUAUUUAUUAAAGCAUCCUUUUACAAAUCA